AUGCUGACACUUUUGAAGAGAUGGCGAUCCCAGCCAGGAGGUGCAACCAAUGCAUCUGCCUUCAUCCGUAUCCUCGAAUCACCAAAAGCCGCAAUAUCUGACAAAGUUCACGUUCUCCAAGCAUUCAAUGAUUGGGAUAUUCUCACCAAUACAUGGUUCGAGGUGGCCGACGCUCUUCCAGCUGUUGAAAAGCUUCUCGACAUCGAUCAAUUCCCAGAUCACAAUGCCGCCGCGUUGCUCGUUUCAAAAGUAUAUUUCUGUCUGGAACAGUAUGAGCGUGCCCUGGAAUUCGCCCUUCGUACAGACUUCAACGUUGUGCCAGCACCGAAAACCGGCCUCGGAAAUGAUGCAGAAUACGUUAACAAGGUCAUUGAGACUGCAAUUGACACGUAUAAAACAUUGAGCUCACAAGGACUGGAAAUUCCAGUUAGACUUCGUGAAUUGGUCGAAAAGAUUGUGAAGAGAAAUUUGGAGAAAUCCGAGAUUUGGUAUGUCAUUUCAUUGGGUUUCGAGACGACAAAUCUGCCGAUGAUCGAGAGAGCUAUUAGUGCGAUGCCAAACGCAUUGAAUGACAAAAACCAAACCACUCUCCACGAAACUCUCAAUCGCGUUGUCAGUGGUGCAUUCGAUCGUUCAUUCCGCUUCAAAGUGAUCAACACAGUCAUCAAGACUUACAUGAAAUGCCCAUCCCCAGAUAUGUCAAAAAUUUGCGAGUGCUAUGUCCUCACUGAUAACGCUGAAGCUGCCGCCGACACGAUCACUGAUCUCAUCUCAAGAAAUCUGAGCACUGCUGCUUAUCAAAUCGCUUUCGAUUUGUAUGAGACUGCUAGUCAAGGAUUCCUCGAUCGUGUACUUCGACGAUUCGAGCAAAAGGAUUCUCCAGAUGCAAAGGCAAUGGAGAAAAUUCAUUCCAUCAUGAAGGGACACGAAACCGUCAAAGCCUAUCUCGAUUUCUAUGUCCGCCACAAUCAUACCGAUUCAAUUUUAAUGGAAGAGAUCAAGGAAAAUAUCAGAACUGCGUCUGCUCACAAUGCACUUCUCAUCUCUAACGGUCUCAUGCAGUAUGGUACAACUUGUGACGAUUUCCUUCGUAACAAUCUUAACUGGGUGUCAAAGGCUACAAACUGGAAUAAGUUCAACGCUGUGGCAUCUCUUGGACUUAUUCAUCAUGGACAAGAAGCAUCCGCAAUGAAGGUUCUUGACCCAUAUCUUCCAAAAGAGUCAGUCGAAGGUUUCGGUUUCAAAGAGGGAGGUGCGAUGCUUGCAUAUGGAUUGAUCCACGCCAAGCACGGAGAUGCCACCGCGAUGAGCACAUUGGCUCAAUGGCUCAAGACUGCUGAUAACGAACCAGUUCGUCACGGAGCCUGUCUUGGUUUUGGAGUCGCUGGACUCGGAUCAUCUUCUAUUUCUGGUUAUGAGAAGGUUCGUGAGGUUCUUCAACGUGAUGAAGCCGUCUCUGGAGAGUCUGCUGGUAUUGCAAUGGGACUCAUCAUGGCUGGAAACUUGAACCAAGAAGUGUUCAAUGAGCUUAAACAAUAUACUGUUGACACUCAACACGACAAGACUCAACGUGGUAUUCGUACCGGACUCGCCUGUGCUUCAUUCGGACUCCAAGGAGAUGCUGAGCCAUUCAUCAAGGAGGCUAUCGGAGCCAAGAGCAACCCAAUGCUCAGAUCAACUGGAAUCUGUAUGCUUUCCAUGGCAUACGCUGGAACUGGAUCCCCAUCAGUAGUCCGUCGUCUGCUCGAGAAGGUUGCUACUGAUCCGAACUUGGAUGUCAAGAGAUAUGCUACCAUUGGAAUUGGAUUCGUUCUUUCAAAAGAUCCAGCUACUUGUCUCUCGUACGUUUCAAUGCUCACUGAGCAUUUCAACGGACACGUCAGAUAUGGAGCUGCCAUGGCUUUGGGAAUCGCUUGUGCUGGAACUGGAAACAUGGAAGCAAUAAGCCUUAUCGAGCCAAUGAUUUCGGAUAAGGAAGGAUUCGUUCGUAAGGGAGCUCUCCUCUCACUUGCUCUUAUUAUGUGCCAGCAGACCGAUUACACAUGCCCGAAAGUCAAUGGAUUCCGUAAACAGUUGUUGAAGAAGAUCGGAGAAAAGAAUGAGGACUCUCUUGUCAAGUUCGGUGCCAUCAUUUCUCAAGGACUUCUUGAUAUUGGAGGCCAAAACGCGGCCGUCACAAUGCACAACUCUGAUGGUCAACCGGAUAUGGGAUCGAUGGUCGGAAUGAUGUGCUUCUUGCAUGGAUGGUUCUGGCACUCGAUGCACUUUUUCAUUGCUCUCGCCGCCAAGCCAUCGUGUCUCGUGAUGGUCAACGAGAAUCUCAAAAUUCCAGUACUCGACUACAUUUGUCACGCCAACAGUCAGAAGUACGCAUAUCCACCAAGAACCGAGUCGAAGAAGGACAAGGAUGUAAAGAAGAUUGAGACUGUCGUUUUGUCGAUUACCGGAAAGAAGAAUGCAUUGAAAAAGCAAGCUGCCGAGGAGAAAAAGAGACGUGAAGCUGCUGCAACUGCUGCUCUGGCUGCUGCAAAUGCGCAAUCUUCAUCAUCUGGAACUACUGUAGAAGAUGAGAAGAUGGAAGUGGAUCAGCCAGGAAAACCAAAGAAAGAAAAAGUACCAGAAAAGGACACGAAACCACUCCACCGUCUGAUGAAUCCGGCACGUGUGAUUCCUGCGCAACGACAAUUGAUUUCAAUCAGUGAUUCAAGAUCAUACACACCAAUGAAACCAUUGUACAAAGGAGGAAUCAUUGUGGCGGAUCGUGUCGAUAAGGAGAAGGAAGAGAAGCUUGUCAGUGAAGUUGUGUCUCAAAUCAAUCUUCCUCCAAGUUCCGAAAAAGUCGAAUUGAAGCCAUUCACACCUUUUGAUAUCAAUCUCGCCGAUUUUUGA